GUCCCAGCCAAGGCAAGUUCACAACUUCACACAGCAACAAAACAACGAUUAACUUCGCAUCUGUCUUUUGGUGCUUCUAUCUUGUCACAAAUAAUGUUUCAAUUUGGAUACCCUUGUUUGCAUUCCUCUCAACCAUUAUCCAGCCCUACCCAAGCGAUUCCAUUCUUUUAUUUUAAAACCCGAUAAUCAACAACUACACUACCACCAUGCCACCUCUGCCACAACGAGUCGCAUCGUAUGACGCCCGGUCUCCCAUGUCGGUGACAGAUCUGUUUUCUGGAGGCCUGACAGGGUUCGGGGGGGAUGAAGUCUACGAGCCACGACGAAACGUCAAGCGCAACAUGAGUUUUGAAAUGAAGCGAGCCGUGGAAUCUUUGGAAUAUUCGGAUGCUGACUUGGAACUGUUGGCGGGAGAUUCACGACAAUUUGAAGUUCUCAAACAAUCGCUGCGGAAAAAGGGUGCCGUGACCAAUGAGGUAUUAAAACAAAAACUUCCUCUCUACCUCAAGUACAAAAAGGACCGACUGGCGAAAUCGCAUCCUGAAGUAGCCGAAGCCCUGCGGCAGUUGCCAGGAAGGAGUCGAUCGGGAGGAUUGACACCCGUGGCGCGGGUGGAACGACAGAGUCUCCGAAAACCGGUCAACCGAGUCUUGUCCGCCAAGGAAAAGGCAGAUGCGGGGGGGUCACCAGAUCCGACUACGGCUGCGGGAACCGUGUUGGGAAGGAUUCUGAGACCAAAGGCUCGUGGUGCUGGUGGUGGCAUGCGCGGAACUCUUGGCCGUUCCAGCUCUGGAACGUCGCCACGGUUGACUGCCAGUGCACCGGGAGGAACACCCACGAGGGCCACACCCACGAGGGCCAGUUCCUUCUCGGAUGCCGCUACUGCCCUGCUACGCACCACAACUUACUAGGUCGGCGUCUUACCAUUGUUUGUGUUCUGUUACCCCCUCCCCUGGCUUGCGAGCUUCAGUUGUAAAUUAGUCCAUCCAAUACACAUUCGGUACAUGUAGUUGCAAGUUUUCUUGCAUGAAAUAGCUGGUCUCUAUCACAUGAGAUGGUACUGAACCAAUCCAGACGUCCCGCGUUGUUCGUGGUGUCAGUUUUCGUGAUGAUUCGUUGCGGGCUAAAGGGAAAGGUUUCCUUCCUUUUAACGCUGGCUAGCUGAUGCAACUUGAUUGCUCCGAAGACCUAUUCAGCAAGGUACAUGUAGGACAGUAGGAUCUGGUAAAGUUACGAGGGGUUUCGGUUACUGCAAACACUUUCUCUGCACCUCCAUGGAACGUCACCCAUUGCUUUACAACCUUUCUCCCAACAACCCGGCUUUUGCCGGGUAACAUCUUUGCAUUCGCCUUCGAUCGAUGAUAGCUGGGUUGAGGCGCUGCUGGUACCGGUAUUGUGCUCCUGGCUGUAGUUUAGGUUUAGGUGGUCGGAUCCAGCUGCAAGAAAAAUGAAGUGAUGCCUAAUCUAGUGUGGGGUGCUGCAUAUAUAUGUUUGUUGUAAGCCUUGCCGCGUUGUUACCGGACAAGCUAACGCGAGCUACAAGAAAGAAC